AUGGGAAGUGUGGAACUAAUCAACUCUGGAUACUCUCGGAUGCCCCAAAUGCCGUGUCUGUCUGAAAUCGAAACGAAUGGAUCGUAUCCGGGAGUUGUGAUCCUAAACAACAAACGACUCCGUGAUAUUCGUGGAUUCAUCAACUGGGAUAGACACUUUCGAAUUCAAGGAUACACUCAAUUUCCCGUCUUUAUUUCUGGAAAUGAGCAGUUGGAUACUGUCAAUAUGCCAUCGAUCAUUCAUCACCAAUUCUCUCCGAUUUCUUGUGAAAAACGACUGACGCCCAACUACAGUAUCCAGUAUGCAGAAGCCAUGUCCCUCUCAUUCGUCCUCAUUUCUCUCAUCAUCUCUGCUACAGUAUUCCUCUAUCCAUUGAGUUUGGGCAGUGCAAACAUCUAUUUCGUUCCCGGAUAUCAUAAAUCUUGA